UGAAAUACUCGUGGUGCCUAAAGCUUGCCAUGACAGCUUACAAUGUCUAAUCUUACGCAGCUUUGCGAUGUAGCACUGAGGGCUAUCCGUCCAUUUGGGUUUUGUCGCUCGUUCACGAGUCGAAUCCUUACAACCCCGCCAACGUUAACCCCACCAUCCGCAUCAUCUCUUUUCAAAUUCUCAGCUCCCCGCUACUUCAACUACUCAACAACUGCCUCCCGACUGCCCAAAUCUUUAUUCACCAUGGCUUCUUCCAAUGAAUAUUCUCUCCUCUGCUUGGAGAACCCUCUGCUUGAUAUCCAAGCUGUUGGUGACAAGGCGCUCCUCGACAAGUAUGGACUAAAGGACAACGACGCCAUCCUGGCUGAGGAGACGCACAUGGGCCUGUACGAAGAUUUGCUCAACAAUUACGAUGCCAAGCUCAUCGCCGGAGGGGCCGCUCAGAACACUGCCCGCGGCGCCCAAUACAUCCUGCCCGCCAACUCGGUCGUAUACCUCGGUGGUGUCGGCGACGACAAGUACGCAGCCAUACUCCAGGAUGCCGUCAAGCAGGCCGGUCUGCGCGUUGAAUAUCGCGUCGACCCCAAGGUGCCCACAGGAAAGUGCGGUGUCAUCAUCACCGGCCACAAUAGGAGCUUGUGCACUGAUCUUGGUGCCGCCAACCACUAUGAUCUCGAGCACUUGAAGCGCGACGACAUCUGGGCUUUGGUCAAGAGUGCUCAGUACUACUAUGUCGGUGGUUACCACUUCACUGUCUGCCCACCCGCCAUUAUGGCCCUCGGCGAAGAAGCCGCUGCCAACAACAAGACCUUCGUCGUCAACGUGUCGGCUCCCUUCAUCGCCGAGUUCUUCAAGGACCCCUUAGACGCAUCCUCGCCCUUCUGGGACGUCGUCAUCUGCAACGAAACUGAGGCCGGCGCCUACGCCAAGUCUCACGGUUUGGCCUCCGAGACCGACAUUACCGCCAUUGCUAAGCACCUAGCCAACCUACCCAAGAAGAACAGCCAGCGGCCCCGUACUGCAGUAAUCACUCAGGGCACCGAGCCCACUAUCGUCGCUGUCCAGGGACAGGAUGAUGUCAAGCAGUUCCCGGUCCAUGCCAUUAGCAAAGACCAGAUCAACGACACGAAUGGUGCCGGCGAUGCCUUUGCUGGUGGUUUCGUCGCUGGCCUGGUCCAGGGCAAGAGCUUGGAGGAGUCGGUGGAUAUGGGACAGUGGCUGGCGCGGUUGAGUAUCCAGGAAUUGGGUCCGUCCUACCCGUUCCCUAAGCAGACCUAUACUGCUUCAAACUAGGCCCUUCUUGCAUUAACAUCACAGAAACUUUGGCGUUCCUCAACUUUGCGGCAAAGGAAGGCGUUUCAGGCGGUCUCGGGGAAAACGGUGUUUCAACAACCAAGGAAUCAAGGGGGUUCAUUUGUGUUGGGAGCAUUUGUCCCUUCAUGUGAACCACGCAAAUAAGCAGAUAGCAGACAAAUAAUCUAUAGAUAUGACCCAAGCAGUUCAAUACUGCCAGACUAUCCUGCUUGUUUUCCCUUGACAGGCGGAUAUGUCGCAAGCCAGUCCGUCCAUUUUGCCUAAAGGUUGCCAGCUAGUCUUGAAUCCAUCUGGAUAUGGCUGCCUGGCCCUUAAACCAUGAGAACAGCUUAUGUUCGGGUCGUUGCAUCAUCUACUACUUUCCAACCUGCGUGCGUGUAAAAUCAUAAUCGGCAACUGGACAGUCUCUAGUAAUCGAGUACUCUAGGAAGUAAAUCUGCUGCGCU